GUUAUGGUGAUUUUAUCUUCAUUUCUGCAUACAAUACGCCAUAAUUCGUUAACAUAAAAUAGCGAUUUCGGUGAAAUGAAUGAAUCGGUGUUAUAGGAAUAUGACAUUACUAAUUUGUAUUCGAGUAUUUGUGUUUUAUCUAAUAUAUCGAUAACAUUUGAUCAACUUUACAAAGAUCUAUACAUGAGGAAUUCCUUUCAUCUAAGUUUACGCGUAUAUUAAACAUAGCUGCAUAUAAUGUACAGUGAAACAUCGCGCGCUCGAACGGUACUGGAAUAAUUAGCUCGAGUUACAUGUAACAGUGGUUCUCGAUAUCGAACAAUAUACAUGAUACAGAGAUUUCCCUGGUUCUGAUAAUAAGUUCGGGCAAAAGGUUGUGUACGAAUUAUCCGAUUUGGAGAGAAUGAAGUCUGACUGUAUUCUGUUAUAGUUGUAAACAGAGUACAUUUAAUCUCACAUCAGACCGAUGUAGCUGGAUAAAAACUUGUACACAAUUCUAAGGAGAGAUUUCCUGGAAGAACAGAGCUCCCCGAACACAGUCAUUGAGCCAUGCAGCGCAAAGUAGGCCCAUACAAGUUUAGUCAGGAUGUUUCGAUGGUCAAACAACAGGAAACAGAAACAAAGACUAAAAAGGAUGAACGUGAAAAAAUUAAUGAACUGUUCAAGAAAAUAAGAAAGGGAGAAAUCAAAGAAGUGAAACAAAUGCUAGAUGAACCAUCAAUAACACUAAAUUCUACGGACAAAGAUGGAAACAACCCACUUCACGUCGCCAUCGAUGCCAAAGGAAAGGCUUGGUCGUUAUUUAAACUAUUACUUGGAAAAAGCUCGGAAACCAAUACAAUUAACAUGAAAAACAAGGAAGGUUUUACACCACUGCAUCUGGCGGCAAUUCACAACAAUGAUGAGAUUGCAGUGCAACUUAUCGAGAAGCAAGCUGACAUGAAUAAAAAAGAUAAUGAUGGAUUAACACCCAUUCUAACGGCUGCCAGUUGCGAUAGCUCAGAAGUAAUCGAAGUGCUACUUCAGAACGGUGCUAACCUAGAGGAUAAAGACCAUCAAGGGAAUACGAUUGUUCAUUUAGCGACGGAAAACGGCUGUGUAAACGUUUUAGAACUACUGUUAAACAGAGAGAAUAUGACACGCUACAAAAAAAUUAAAAAAAUGUUGAAUGCUGACAAGGAUGAAGAAGCACCGUGCCAAUGUGAAAACUGCAAAGACGAAGACUGCCAAAACAAAGACUGUGAAAACGAAGACCGCGAGGACAAAGAAUGCGAAGACCGCCAAGAUGCAAGCUGCGAAGGCAAAGACUGUAAAAUCGGAGAAUCUGAAAACAAAGACUGUCCGAAUUGUUCAAAAGAAGACUCAAAAAGCAUAGACAAGGACUUUGCAAGAACUCCGAUUGGGCUUGCCGCUUAUUACGGGUACCUGGAUUGCCUGAAGCUUUUGAUCUUGCAUGGGGCGAACGUACAUGAGAAGUGUAAAAAUUGGAAAACAGUUCUGCAUCUUGCAGCAGCACAAGGAAAUACAGGUGUAGUAGAACAGUUAAUUCAAGAUGUGCCAGUGCUGAUGUAUGAGGAGGACGAUAAACAACAGACUGCUAUCUAUGAUGCUAUUAGAUAUGAUCAAAUAGUAGCGAGUCUGAUAAAGGCUGGAGCCUAUGUCAAUUGGUGGGACUACCACACCAGAACCCCUUUAAGUUAUGCAGCAGAGAAAGGAUUUGUAGGAUCUACAAAGAUAUUGCUUAGACAUGAUGCGGACUAUCAUUGGCUCGAUGUUAACAAGAGGCAACCGAUCCAUUAUGCUGCGGAAAAUGGCCAUUCUGAAGUGUUUCGAAUCCAUGCAUCAGAAACAUCUUCAGAAUAUACAGCGAGAGAUGACAAAGGAGAAAAUUGUUUUGAUUUGGCGAUUAAAAACAACCACGUAGAAACAGUUUUGACUAUGUUUCAAAUGGAAAGUGGAAAAUGGGAAGACCUUUUGCGUAGUAGGUCGUCUAAAUUUGACACACCGAUGCGCAGACUUAUCAGAGAAAUGCCAGACGUCGCUAGAGUGGUAUUUGAUAAAUGCGUGAGGACCGAUGGUAAUGGAGACAGUUUUGAAGUAGAGUUCAACUAUGAGUUUCUUGACGACACACUUCAUCUUAGAAAGUGGACAAUAAGUGAUAUUAACAACGAAGAUGACGGAGAUUACCAAAAAGACGGAGAUGCCAAAUGUAACAAAGAUGUCAAAGGUGAUGGAGAUGACAUAGACGGCGAGGAACCGUACACAGACGAUUUAAACUUAAUUAAAGCCAACCAUCCAUUGAUGAUCAUGCAUACAUUAAGUACAGGUAUGAAAACAUAG